CUCGGCUCGUCGUUUCCCGGCUCUGACCGGUUCCGUAGUUGGUUGCACGAUCCGACCCUCCCUUCCUUCGCUCCUUCUCCUUCUCCUUCUCCUUCUCUCUCUCUCUCUCUCUCUCUCUCUCUCUCUCAAUCUCUCUCUUCGCCAUUAACGAAUAACUAGGAGAGAUCGAGAUCGAGAUCGAGAUCGAAACCCUAGCAUUAUCGUCUACUCUGCUGUAGCGGUCGAGGAGGGGUGGGGGCGAAGAUGAACGACGCCGAUGUGGGGAAGCAGAUCCAGCAGAUGGUGCGGUUCAUCCGCCAAGAGGCCGAGGAGAAGGCCAACGAGAUCUCCGUCUCCGCCGAGGAGGAGUUCAACAUAGAGAAGCUGCAGCUUGUUGAAGCAGAGAAAAGGAAGGUCCGACAAGACUAUGAGCGGAAAGAAAAGCAGGUGGAAAUUCGUAAGAAAAUUGAGUAUUCUACGCAGCUAAAUGCAUCACGCAUCAAAGUGUUACAAGCACAAGAUGAUGUGGUAAAUUCAAUGAGAGAUGCUGCUAGCAAUGAGCUUUUGCGUGUCGCUGAUAAUCCAAAGUCCUAUGCAAAGCUCUUGAAAGGCCUGAUAGUUCAGAGCUUACUACGUCUGAAAGAGCCAGCUGUAUUACUACGGUGCAGAGAGGUAGAUCGUCGGUUGGUGCUAUCCAUCUUGGAAGAAGCUAAGAAGGAAUAUGCAGAAAAAGCAAAAGUUCAAUGUCCUAAGGUUACUAUUGAUGAAAAAGUCUAUCUACCGCCACCUCCAACCAAUCGUGAUGCUCAUGGACCAUUUUGCUCUGGAGGUGUUGUGUUGGCUUCGCAAGAUGGGAAGAUUGUCUGCGAGAAUACCUUGGAUGCUAGGCUAGAUGUUGUUUUCAGACAGAAACUGCCCGAGAUUAGGAAGCUGCUUUUUGCGAAGUAGCUGCUGCCUUUUUUUUUUUUUUUAUUUCUCCUCCUUGCAAUAAAUGAUAAGCCAUGUCUUUAGUUCUCGGACAUGGGAUCAUCUUUAUCUUUUCUAAAAUAAAUUUUUGCGGCUGCUACUGAGACGAGAUUUGCGAACAAUGUAUCGCCGAGCUUUUCUUGCACUGCUCAGGGUAAUUCUUUGAUUUUUUUUUUCUUUGUUUUUUCGUUUUGGAAUUUUUCCUACUCUAUUGUAUCAAAGAUAAAACGGCUGAAGCACUGAACCAUCGAUGAGAAUUGAAGGAUUAAGUAAUUGCUAUCUUAUUUGUUGACAUAAAUUCCAAUUUUUGCA